AACGUCAUAAUGUGCAUUAACUUCAAAUUUUGUGUUUUUUUGUUUAUCGCUUCAGCCUAUGGCCAAAAAUGUUCUUUUAAACGGCCAAAUGGAACUGAAGUAUCACCAGAUGAAAUCAAAUAUGGAAUCGUGUUAGAUCCGAUUCAAGAUACUGCGAGCCCUGGACUUAUAUUGUUAACUUAUAUUACAACUGAUGUAAGUUCCAUUUCAACCCCAACAACUUCAUCUAAUAAAGGACGUUUUUUUAUGACACCAUCUUUUCAAAACAAUCAGUUUCAAGUAGUUUUAGCUGAUAUUUUUGCAGACUAUGAAAAGUAUGAGACUAAAGAUUCUAACAGUAUCUACGUAACAUUCAACUGUAAUGGAGGAACAACAACAACCCUGGAAAUAAUCUUACGUAUAAUAGACACAAAUAAUCAUGAUCCGCAGUUUGUAAAUGCGCCGUACAGUUAUAAAGUAUCGAUGCCCUUACCGAAGAACUUUCCUCUGCAUGUUCUCUACGGAAUUUCAGCUAGAGAUGUCGAUUUGACUAACAAUAAUAUAACGUUUUUCGUAAAUGAAUCUGACAUCAAUAGUCAAGGAUUUUCUGCGUCCUGGUUAGCAACUGACUCAGUUGAUACUAAAUUACAUCGUGCUUCAUUAAUCACUACAACUGCUAUUAAUUUUAAAAACGACUUCUCAUUCAAAGUUUACGCUCGAGAUACAGGAAGUAAUCCCAGAACAGUUUCUGCGCCAGUGACGAUAAUAGUUGAUAAAGAUAAUUCUAUUUUGCGAUUCGCAAAACCAAUUUACAUUGCGGAUUACAGUGAUCUGACGCCUGAAGUGGCUAAUGGAACAAUAUUUACAUUUCAACAAGGUGAUAUUUUAUUGAGCGUCGGUGCUGAUGAUUCUGUUAAAUAUUAUCUUCAGGAAGAAUCAAACGAAUAUCAAGAGAAUUUUCACUUGAUUACACAUUCAAAUGGAUCAAUAAAAUUACAACUGAUAAAUCCUCCCAGCAGAUUUUUCAAUGAAAGUUUUGUCCUAUUGAUACUCAAUGCGACAAAACCGGGAGUCGAUGAUAUUGCAGUUUUGCAUAUUUCUCUUCCCGGAAGAUCAACAUAUAAAAAUUCUUCAAUAUCUACAACAGAAUCACCUAAAAUAGAGUUUAGUAAUGAUGAUAGUGCCGACUCUACUGCUUUAAUUGUUCUAGGAGUUUUGUUGGCCGUAAUUACGAUCGCGUUGAUUGUUAUGAUCAUUAUUUACAAGAGACGAAGUACACCUGUAGUGACGGAGAAAGUAAAUGGCAUUCAAGAAAAAAAUGAAGAUAUGGUAGAAGUUGAGAGAAAUAGUUCAAAUCCAGUUUCAUCUGCGAGAAGAUCAGUUGCGUUCAAUGACAUCGUUCAGGAAAUCAAAAUUGCUAGACUAUAA